AUGCUCUCAUUCUGGCUAACACAGUCACAUGCUUGGGUUGCUCAGUCCAAGUGGGCAGAAUCUGGAAAUUGGCACGUUGAGCUGUACAAUAGUGGCCAUCGCAGGACUGCUUCUGCAGCCGAGGCUGCCCUGGAAACAUUCCCCAAGCUCAGUUGGGACACCUGUCUCAUGGGUACCUGCCUCUCACCUGGCAUAGCAGUUCAAGAGCUUCAACCCCUCCUAGCAGACAGCAUGCUCAGCUCUAACAUCAUUGAUGCAAUGAUACUCGGCAUCUGUCGUGAUCUACAAGACAUAUCAACCAGUGCAUGCAUUGAGAUCCAUGAUCUCACUGUCUUCGAAACUCUUCGAAAGUCGCCAGAUGAAUGGCACAAUUACCACUCGUCACGAUCAUUCUCAGCUUUGCGAACACUUGGGUCCCAAAUCACUAGCUGCACCAUCGACCGUCUGUACCUUCCACUCAACGUUCGUGGCAACUAUUGGGCUUUGUUCAUCAUCAAGCCCAUGUCUCGACACGUUCAUUAUGGGGACUCAUUGGGCAGGCCAUUCAAAGGUGAUAAUAUCCACGCUCUACAGCAUUGGCUUGGUCAACACUGCAGCAGUUCCUGGAAUGUAGAUCUCAACGUACCAAUUGUGGUCCAGCCAUAUGAUGACAACUUCUCCUGUGGAAUUCUCAUAAUCAACACUAUCCGUCAUGACCUCUUCGAACAACCUCUUUGGACAGAGAAAACCCGAGAGCUCCUUCGGGUCACUGAAUACCUGCACCUGGUUGAUGAUCAUCUUUUGGCUCUGCAGGUUUCACUGUUGUCAGAUGUUGAGAACGACAAUGAGAUGCCAGAAGACACACCAUCUUCCACUUCCCCACCAAAAACUUGUUCUCCAGAUGCACCUAAGACUACUAGUGCAUCUUCAGAUACCCAAGCAUCUACCAGAUCUAAAGCCUCCCAUGCAUUGCCGGUCCUGGGCUUCCUGAAGACCUGUAGACAAGGCAAGGCGAAGCCAAGCGCAAAGAAACUUACAGGAAAGUCAAAAGGCUUCUUGGCAUUCUCAGGCUUUGUAGUCAACAGUUCGGGCAAUCAAGAACGUCAGCUCGAGAAGCUUGCGGAAGAGAGCAAGGAGCACGAUUCAAGGUUCAGGCAACAGGUAGAAGAGAUUGAAGCGAAGAAACUCGAGCAUUGUCGAGAGCAAGACCGGAGAUGA